AACAGUCAAGGGUUAAAGGAAAUGCCUUCAAAUUCAGUGGUAAUAAUACAAUAUGGUCCAUAUGAGUCGUGUGGUAUUGUCAAGCACAGGACAUUUCGCCUGGCCGGUUUACAAGCGGCCCUAAAAGACGCUGGCAACAAGUGUAUCCUUGAGGAAACUGAUGACUGGAAUAUCGUACAGCUCAGUGUCAAUGGAGAGCGCGUCUACAUGUGCAACAUUACUGACCUUGAGUUUGGGGGUGAUGGACGACUUGAUCCGCUGUGCAAGGAGGCAAUUGACGCAGUGAGGGACGCAUUCUGAACAUCGGGACUGUGGCUCACAACCAAGCGUGCUACCUACCUAGACAGCAUUUUUGGGUAUCAUAUGCACGUUCCGAGUCAGCUGACUAUGGUGCUCUAAAAGACCAUACUGUAUAUACAGUAUAGGCAGUACUGUUUGAGAUAGCAGGUGUGAGCACACAGGUAAAUGAUAAAUUAUAUAACCAAACAAACUGUGAGUGACAUGGUUUAUUGAAUUAUUGCCAAGAAAGGUACAUCAUCCAUCACAAUUUAUCAAUCAAUCAUGAUGCGUUAAAUAUAUGAUAUUAAAUAUAUGAAAUAUAUGAUUCUUUCCCAGAAAUGUGUAAUAUAUAUGAAGUGCUAAAACCUUCUGCCCUUUACGCUAUGUAACAUUAAAAAACUUUAAAUUCACUAUUAAAGUGUCUAAAUGUAUACAUUAUAGCAUAGAAAAAUCAAGUACUUGUAACUGGAUUAAAUUACACUUUAAAAUACUCAUAAUCAGAUUACAGUUACUUUCUUACUGAUUACAUGUUAAUUAGGCAUCAGCAGUAUAUUGUUCAUUAUAUGGAAUUUGUUCUCUUUUAUAAAUCUUUUACAUUUUUCACUAACUACAAUAUAUGUUCAGUAACUCUUCGAGUGUUUUCGGAAGAGAGGGAGGGUUGUCAAACUGCAUACAGACCUGAUACUCAUCAUUAGCCAGCUGAAGAUGGAGCGGUCUAAACCAGUGUUUGAUCAUUGGAUGUACAGAGAUAAUUUCACUUUUAAGGUGACAGGGGAAAAAACAUCACUGUGUCUAAACUCUUCCAAAGGUUAAAAUUCUGUCAACUGCAAAGGAUUCAACAUCAAAUUUAAAGAGGCGUUUGAAGAUUUGUUUGCAUGUUUUCUUAACCUAACUCCUGACAAACCCUUUUUAAGUAUUAUUUAUUUGAUCACUCUGUGUGUAAUAUAACCACGUGUCACUGUGUUUGGAAGGGUAUUGUCCAUCAAACACAUCAAAAUGCCCAAAUACACAUCAUUACAUAUUCGCAAUGUAAUACAAUAGAUUAGCAGCGUAAAAAAAGUUUUCGUUUCGUGAAUUGCUUUUGUACUCGGCUUCAAAAUUUACUUUUGCUUUAGCGAUAACUUUGAGGCCGUUUUUGUGACGUUGAUUCCCAAAUAUAACUGGUCUGAUCUAUUACCACACAAUGAUGGCGCUUGUAAAUUGCCGAAAUGACAUGACCACAUUUGUGUAAAGCACCCCGGGAAUGUGUCCAUAUUUCUAGAAACUUUCAUAAGAAAUGCAAGUGACAUUAAAUAAAAGAGUUAGGUUAGAAGUAAUCCAAAAGUAAUCGGAUUAAAUUACCCCAAAAAUGUAAUCUGUGAGAUUACGUUACUGAUUGCAAUAUUUGUGAUGUAAUUUGUAGUCAGUACCCGAUUACAAUUCAUAAGUAAUCUGCCCAGCACUGCCACGCACAAUUAAAAGUAAAGUUUUAGUGUUACUUAUUUCAGCUUGUGCUUGUUUGUUUAAAAGCAGUGUGCUGACAGUAACAUUUCACUAAAAGAUAUUGCAUCAAUACACUAACAAUUGUGUUUAUUUGACUGAUGAUUGUUUUUUACUUUUUUGUAAUUUGUUUACGUGUUUAUAGCAUUUCAAAGUGUUGACGUUAUAGUUGUUCUUAUUCCCACAAGCCUAAAAUGCCAAAAUAACCAUAAAAUCUAAAAAGGAAGCAUAUUUUGUGGAAGCUAUAGAGAAUAUUGCCCCUGCCACUGAGAAUAUUUUUACUUGUCUACAUGCCAUCUGUUUUACGUCUCAGGAUGAAGCCAAGUGUGACAGUUAAGAACGACAAAUAAAUGAAUAAGAACACAGAUUAUUUAACACAGUUAAAGGAUUUCUGGU